AUGGGAACCGCAAAGCCACGGAUCCUGCCCUGGCUGGUGUCGCAGCUGGACCUGGGGCAACUGGAGGGCGUGGCCUGGGUGAACAAGAGCCGCACGCGCUUCCGCAUCCCUUGGAAGCACGGCCUACGGCAGGAUGCACAGCAGGAGGAUUUCGGAAUCUUCCAGGCCUGGGCCGAGGCCACUGGUGCAUAUGUUCCCGGGAGGGAUAAGCCAGACCUGCCAACCUGGAAGAGGAAUUUCCGUUCUGCCCUCAACCGCAAAGAAGGGUUGCGUUUAGCAGAGGACCGGAGCAAGGACCCUCACGACCCACAUAAAAUCUACGAGUUUGUGAACUCAGGAGUUGGGGACUUUUCCCAGCAAGACACCUCUCCGGACACCAAUGGCGGAGGCAGUACUUCUGAUACCCAGGAAGACAUUCUGGAUGAGUUACUGGGUAACCUGGUGUUGGCCCCACUCCCAGAUCCGGGACCCCCAAGCCUGGCUGUAGCACCUGAGCCCUGCCCUCAGCCCCUGCGGAGCCCCAGCUUGGACAAUCCCACUCCCUUCCCAAACCUGGGGCCCUCUGAGAACCCACUGAAGCGGCUGUUGGUGCCGGGGGAAGAGUGGGAGUUCGAGGUGACAGCCUUCUACCGGGGCCGCCAAGUCUUCCAGCAGACCAUCUCCUGCCCGGAGGGCCUGCGGCUGGUGGGAUCCGAAGCGGGAGACAGGACGCUGCCUGGAUGGCCAAUCACACUGCCAGACCCUGGCGUGUCCCUGACAGACAGGGGAGUGAUGAGCUACGUGAGGCAUGUGCUGAGCUGCCUGGGUGGGGGACUGGCUCUCUGGCGGGCUGGGCAGUGGCUCUGGGCCCAGCGGCUGGGGCACUGCCACACAUACUGGGCAGUGAGCGAGGAGCUGCUCCCCAACAGCGGGCAUGGGCCUGACGGCGAGGUCCCCAAGGACAAGGAAGGAGGCGUGUUCGACCUGGGGCCCUUCAUUGUAGGCUCCUGGGCCCCUAGAUCUGAUUACCUUCACGGAAGGAAGCGGACGCUCACCACGCUAUGCCCUCUGGUUCUGUGUGGGGGAGUCAUGGCCCCAGGACCAGCCAUGGACCAAGAGGCUCGUGAUGGUCAAGGUUGUGCCCACGUGCCUCAGGGCCUUGGUAGAAAUCGCCCGGGCAGGGGGUGCCUCCUCCCUGGAGAACACUGUGGACCUGCACAUUUCCAACAGCCACCCACUCUCCCUCACCUCCGACCAGUACAAGGCCUACCUGCAGGACUUGGUGGAGGGCAUGGAUUUCCAGGGCCCUGGGGAGGCUUGAGCCCUCGCUCCUCAUGGUGUGGCCUCUAACCCCCCUGUCCCCCACCACCUCAACCAAUAAACUGGUUCCUGCUAUGAUCA